AUGCGCAAGAUUUAUCAAGACUCAAAUAUCACCGCAUUCAUUUCCUCUCGGGGCAACGAAUACUUCUGCGAGAUCGACGAAGAUUACCUUACGGAUCGGUUCAACUUGACGGGACUGAACACGGAAGUACAAUACUACCAAUAUGCACUGGACCUCAUCACGGAUGUCUUUGACUUGGACUGCGACGACGAAAUGAGGGAGACCAUAGAGAAGUCUGCAAGGCAUCUAUACGGUCUUGUACACGCCCGCUUCAUUGUUACGACGAGAGGUCUCGCCAAGAUGCUCGAAAAGUAUAAGAAAGCCGACUUUGGCAAAUGCCCCCGCGUCAUGUGUCACUCGCACCCCCUCCUCCCCAUGGGUCUUGCCGACAUCCCUAACAUGAAGCCCGUUAAGCUCUACUGCGCGCGCUGCGAGGAUAUUUACAACCCAAAGUCGUCGCGCCACGCUGCCAUCGAUGGCGCCUACUUCGGCACCUCAUUCCACAACAUCAUCUUCCAGGCUUACCCAGCCCUCAUCCCUACGAAGAGUGCCGAGCGUUACAUCCCGCGCGUUUACGGCUUCAAAGUUCACGCCCCAGCCGCCCUGAUCAGGUGGCAGCACCACAAAAAAGAUACGAUGCGUCGUCGCCUACGCAAGAUGGAGGUCGACAGCGGGUUCCGCGAUGAGGACGUGCUUGAGGAGGAGGACGACGUCGAGUUCGAGGGCAUAGACACAGCCCGCCCGACGGGCGCCCAUGAAGGCAUCGCCAUGGCUUGA